CGCCUCUGUUGAAACAUGGCCCCGCUAACAAGGGCCCGGCCCGGGGGUGGCUUGGGCAGCGCGGCGUGCCUCCGACUGCUCGUCGGCCUCCUGGUACUAAAUUUACUUUGUGAAGCUUGCAAGAAGGUAACUUUUAAUGUGCCUUCUGAAUUAGAGUCACGGAUAUUAAUUGGCAGAGUAAAUCUGAAACAGUGCCUUAGGAAUUUUGACCUGAUCAGUUCAAGUGAUCCUGACUUCAUAGUUCUACAAGAUGGUUCUGUAUUUACAACUCGUGCUGUUUCUUUGUCAUCUGAAAAGAAAACGUUUACCAUACUGCUUAAGAACUUGCAAGAUUUUCAACUAAAGAAAAUACACAUCAAUUUGCUACCACAUCUAAAACAGACACACAGAACAGGAGAGACUGUUCUGAGACGAACUAAACGAAGAUGGGCUCCUGUUCCAACCAGUCUGAUAGAAAAUCAUCUGGGACCUUACCCAUUGCAAAUUCAGCAGCUCGUCUCUGAUACAGCCCAAAGGUACAACAUCACCUAUACUAUAAGUGGCCCUGGUGUUGAUCAACCACCACUAAAUUAUUUUUACAUUGUGAAAGAAACAGGAGCUCUAAUGGUUACUCGUGCAAUAGAUCGGGAAGAAUAUCCAGAAUUUAAGAUAAUUUGCAACGUAAGGGCCUUAGAUGGCUCUACUCCAGAGAGACCACUUGUACAUGUAAUCAGAAUAGAGGAUGAUAAUGACAACCCCCCAAUUUUUAACCCAGAUACUGUUACUUUUAUUAUUCCUGAAAGCAGCAAAGCUGGCACUAUAAUUGGAGAAAUGACUGCAACAGACAGAGAUGAAGCUGGUACUUUGCACACAGACCUGAAAUACAGAAUUGUGAGCCAGGAACCUAUAUCUUUUCAAGGCGUCUAUACAUUUAAUAUAAAUCGAGAUACAGGUUGUAUUACUUUGGCAACCCCAACCCUGGAUAGAGAGACUAUAGACAGAUAUAUAAUACUCAUAGAAGCAAGAGAUAUGGCAGGUCAGAGUUUUGGAUUGUGCAACACUGGAACAGCUGUAAUUCAAGUUGAAGAUUCAAAUGAUCAUGCACCCAUGUGUGAACAUGGUGUGUAUGAAGCAUAUGUUUCUGAAAACACAGUUGGUGCAAAAGUAGUGGACAUUUCUGCCAUAGACAAAGAUGCACAUGGAACACCAGCCUGGCAUGCCACCUUCAACAUUAUAAAGGGAAAUGAAGAUGGCGCUUUCAGAAUUGAGAGAGAUCAGAAUUCAAAUAUUGGUACUAUAUGCAUUGAAAAGGGACUAGACUAUGAAAAAACCAAGGAGAGAAGAUUGGAAAUAGUUGUGAAUAAUGAAGCACCUUAUGCUGUAGCACCAAAUGCAAGAGCAAUUUCUACAAGUACUUGCGUUGUUAUUGUCAAAGUACGGGAUGUGGAUGAAGGGCCCGUAUUUGAUCCUUGUGUAUAUAUCUUAAAUAUUAAGGAAUGCUUGCCAGGUGGAACACUGGUUGGCGAUUACAGAGCAAGGGACCCAGAAACUGGAAAUAGUGAAGGCAUACGCUAUAGAAUACUAAAUGAUCCAUGUAAAUGGAUCACUAUCAAUGACGCAGGCGAGAUCAGAACGACUCAACUCUUGGACCGGGAUCUACCAGAUAUGAGAGCGUACCAGUGUAACGUAACAGUCUCUGCAACUGACCGAAGUGGUAAAACAGGCACUGGAGUAGUGGUGGUUAAUCUACUAGAUGAGAAUGAUAAUUUCCCAGUGAUAAUGCAACCAAACUACAUAAUGUGCAACGACAGAAAACCAAUUUGUCUUACUGCCGUGGAUGCUGAUAUAUCUCCUCAUACAGUUCCUUUCCAAUUUCAACUUCCUGACCAGAUGAUUCCACAGUGGAGACUAACACAACAUGAUGAAAAAUCUGCGUAUCUGGAACCAGUGGGCUACAUAGAUUAUGGUGUAUACACAAUUCCUGUCCAAGUAACUGAUGUUGCAGGCAAAAGUGGAAUCACUGAAGUAACAGUUCGUGUGUGUGAUUGUACGAUCCCCAGUGAUUGUCGUUAUCAAGACAGGCAAGAGCCUAUAGGAACACCUAAUGUUACUCUUGGUAUUUGGGCCAUCCUCGCAAUGGUUUUAGGAUCAUUAUUGUUGUUGUUAAUCCUGAUAACACUUUGUGGCUGUUGUGGUGGUGGCUUUUGUGGAGGUGCACCUGUGGGCACUACUAAGCAUGUGUGUGAUGAUUUAGCUAAUCAGAACUUAAUCAUAUCAAAUACUGAAGCACCUGGAGAAGAGGUAAUGGACCCCAAUAUAAUUCCUGUGAAAACAGGAAAUAUGGUUACUUGUGAUCAAGGGGCUAUAAAAAAUGGGGGACAAGAAUCCUUUGAAAUGCUCAAGGGACACCAAACACUGGAAUCGGUUAAGGGAGGAGGCCACCACACCUUAGAAUCUGUCAAAGGACUGGGGCAUCAUACCUUAGACUACGGAAGGGGAAAUGGACAGUCCAUGGUGGAUACAUAUAGAUACAAUUAUUCAGAAUGGCAGAAUUUCACACACCCUCACCUAAUUGAGAAAGUAUAUCUGUGUGGACAGGAUGAAGAGCAUAAGCAUUCUGAUGACUAUAUCCUUUCAUAUAACUAUGAAGGAAGAGGAUCUCCGGCAGGCUCUGUAGGCUGCUGCACUGAUCAGCAGGAAGAAGAGGCGCUUGACUUUUUAGAUCAGCUGGAACCCAAGUUUCGGACUUUAGCAGAAACCUGUGUGAAGAGAUAAGUCUGCUGACGACUGCAGAAAACCAUCGCCCUUUCCCACAGGGUAGCUGUUUUAAAACCUGAAUACAGCAGAUUUUUCUUUCCUUUUUCUUUCUUCUCAUGGGAGCGGUUAAUGAAAAUACAUUCUAACGUCAGGUUUGUCGGUAUCAAGCUUUCUGUACCAAAAUUUCUGGGCUCUGUUUGUUAUUUGUUCUAAAUAUGUACUCUCUUAGAUUUACAUUGGAACAUCUACUUUUUUAACCGAAGUUACAUUGCUUUCUUAAUAGCAACAGAUUUUCUGGUUUUCUGUGCAUCUACCUUUUACAGGAAGGUGAAGUGUAUUCUUUACCAUUUUAGUAACUAAGCUUUUAAAAAGAAUAUUUCUGGUUGUUUGGGCCUGGGUGAUAGUAAGCUUUGUUUUGAUUCAUCUGAAUCUUUCCUUUAGUUUUAUAGAAAGAAGUGUUAAAAUAGUUGCUAAUUUCUUCUAUUCUUAUGAGACCAAAGUUUUUGUUUUGUUUUUAAGAAUCGGGUGAUUGAAUUAAAGCAACAAAAUGUUACGGCCGACCAUGCCCUUUCCAAGUUCCACUAUUCCACUCCCCCCCCUUUCUGGGUUUUCCCCUACUCAAUCCUCUCCAGCCACUGAACACGCUCAGCCUCUCCAGCAGCAGAGGCAGUAAGCUUAUGUACACGAGUUGCUGGAGAACAUGUGUGGGAGUGUGCCGUUGCACUUGUGCCCUACUUGUGAGCUUCCUGUUGAUCGCUGGUUGAACACUGUGUGAACAGAACGCUGGACUAAAUGGAUCCUUGGUCUGAUCCAGCAUGGCUCUUCUGAUAUUCUUACAUCACUGGGCUGUUCAGGAAGUUCCCCCCCUUAAGGUUUUUUUUUAAGUGUACAUUUGCAAACUUUGGAUUCCUCCCCCAUCCCCCCCAAAAGCCUGCUGAUACCUCUCCCUUUUGUGUGUAUGGUGCAUUUUGGCUACCUGAGGAACAGCACUCAGUCAGUGAGCUAGUUAUUAAUAUAAAUGAUAUGCUAGAUACUAUGAAUUAGGCAAAAGCUCCUAAAUUUGAAAAUAAAUGAGCGUGGGGGGAGGGGAGAAAUGUCUCCAUCUAGCAUUGCUAAACUCCCCCCCCCCCCCAAUAAGGGAUUUCUGUACACCAAAUCUGCAAGACCAAAGGGAUCUGUUAAAGCAAUUGCAGCCAUAACCGUAGAAAUGAAAGUGUGACAUUCACUUGCCAUUGAAAACAAUGACAAGGGCUACAAUUUCACCCCAAUAUUUUAAAUUAAUUCUAGGUGAAACAGUGUUAUUUGCUGCACUUGUCUCCUAAACAAAUACUGUUGAGUGUUAUAAAAUAUUACAUCAAUCACAUUGUAAUUGCAGCUAUAAGUUAGGAAAAACUGCCAGCGUCUCUCACCACUUAUUGUCUCCUUUCAUCUCGGUCAAAAUGGGAGCCAAAUGGAGAGAUAUGAAGAAACGAUCUCUGUUGACUCUCCAUAUCACGUGGUGUCAGAUGGUUUGAAUUUGCAUGCAUAAAUUUCCCUGAUGUGUAUGAAUGGAAUGUAGGUUUCAUAUUUUUCAUAGAAUAUAUUUAUGUACCUAUAAUUCAUUUGGAAACAUGAGACAAAUGCAUGGUACUGGAAAUUUGGUUUCCUAAAAAAGGAGAGGAGGCAUGUAGCCCCUACUGUUUGGAUGUCCCCUGUUAUACUUUGAGAUCUGUCCUUCAGCGAGAUAGAGAUGUAUUCGCAUAAAAAACAAAAAAUUUAAUCCAGAUAUAGUCAUGCUUAAGUUUUCUCCACGUAUAUUGACUGUUAGUCUUACAGUCUUUCAUUCCAUACUGAUAAGUUUUUCUGAAUCUGCAGUAUCCAGAAAAGCUAUUAAACACUUUUUCAAGUCAGUGCAAAGCCUUAAAUGAUUAACAAUAUAACUUUUAAAUUCAGGGCUUUAUUAAAGGUUGGGAUUUUAAUGCACAGACUUGGGUCCAAGGUCUAUGUACAGAUCUUACACACAACACACACACA